UUGAGCAGAAGUAAUGUAAAAUAAGGUAGAUAAAAUAUACAAGAGUGAAAUCUUGGAUGUUUUCAUACAUAGACAUUGAAAUAUUUGAUAUUUCAUUGCCUAUGCAACACAAAAUUUGGCUUUUGUAUUGUUUUGAGCAUAACCAAAUUAAAUUAAAAUAGCUAAUGGAGAACUACCUUCUCAUCGCCACUUUGAUCAGCGCGAGUCUUGUAUUUGGUUGCUAUGUACUUGUUCAGAUUGGGGAAACAUGCUCCCACGACGUCAAUGACUGUGGUACGGGGCUGCAGUGCCUGGAAUGCAACUCACAAAGCCGGUGUACACGAGUCCGAACUUCAAGUCCUAUUUCAAAAGUGAUGGAGCUUCCAUUCAAUCACUACUCAUGGCUUACAACACACAAUUCUUUUGCUUCGAGGGCAGCGAAUUUGAGUUUAAACUCUCAAAUUUCGUCGGUCACGAACCAGGAAGACUCCAUUACAGAUCAGCUGCAUAACGGUGUGAGAGGAUUAAUGUUAGAUAUGCAUGAUUACCAUGGUGACAUUUGGUUGUGUCGCGGGCCGUGCACAAUGUUUACAGCCUUUAACCCUGCUAUUAAUGUUCUAAGAGAGAUCAAUGCAUUCCUCACACGAUACAGAGCCGAGAUUGUCACGGUAUUCAUCAAGGAUCAUGUAACAUCACCAAAUGGUGUGAACAAAGUUUUUAAUAAAGCUGGUUUGAGGAAAUUCUGGUUUCCGGUAUCUAGAAUGCCGAAGAAUGGUAGUGAUUGGCCAACAGUCAAAAAAAUGAUAAACAGAAAUCAUAGGCUUAUUGUGUUCACUUCAAAUGCAACUAAACAGGCUUCCGAACGCAUUGCCUAUGAGUGGAAAUAUGUUGUCGAAAAUAAAUAUGGAAAUGAUGGGAUGAGUAGAGGUCAUUGUUUUAAUAGAGCAGAAUCAUUUCCAAUGAACACAACAACAAAGUCACUAGUCCUAAUGAACUAUUACAGAAAUGUCCUAAAUUCUAAUGAAGCAUGCAGGGAUAAUUCAUCGCCAUUAAUUCGCAAGAUGCAUAUCUGCUAUAGAGCUGCUGGUAACCGAUGGCCUAACUACAUUGCAGUUGAUUUUUACAAGAGAGGCGACGGUGGGGGAGCCCCAGAAGCAUUAGAUGUUGCAAAUCGAAACUUGUUCGGGUGAGGAAACAUGGCUGAGUUCAGUCAUUUGGGAGGUCUAUUAUAUAUGUAAUGUAUGAAUCUAUACUUUCAUGUAGAUUUUUUGUUACAUGGGAUGUAGAUACUACAUGUUUAAGAACAUAUGUGGUACGAGUAUAUUGUCGAUUUUUGUUUUCGUCCUCGUGACAUAUUUGUUGUUGGAUGAAUUAAGGUAUCUUCCGUGCGCAAUAUUCGAACACUCUUAAAAGUGAGUAAUUUUGUAGAUAGCAUGAGAUAUAGGUCCUUCAACAAGGAGUAAAUUAAGUUUGGUUUUUAAUGGUUUUUCCCAA